ACCAGAACUGAGAAAACCUUGCCUUGCCUAGAAGAACCCACUUGCGGGUACGACUACAACAUAAGGAAAAGCAGAGGAGGUCAUGCCGGGAUGGAGUAACACACAGGGCCCCUCUUUUCACUUUCCAAUGAUUCUUUGGGUGACCCACACAAAUUCCCCUCUAAAUAUUCCAUCUCUCCAAUCCCUUAUAUAAGUGCAACUACUUGCAUGGUCCAUGGCUCCAAGCUGCCUAGCAACAAAGGUCUUAAUUAGGAGCUCUCUCCAUUAGGAUCCUCGAGCUUCAGGAAGCUAUCUCCAACAAAACAUACACAUUCAGAUCAACUUCAGUGAUGGCUGCAGAAUCAGAGACGCCGCGAAUAACAGAGCUUCAUGUGAGGAUGGACUGCAAUGGCUGCGAGCACAAGAUCAGGAAGACUCUGCGUGCCAUUGAUGGUGUGAGCGAGGUGUACGUAGAUGCAGCGAGCCAGAAGGUGACGGUUGUCGGGAUCGCCGACCCGGAGAGGAUCGUCAAGGCGAUCAGGAAGACCAAGAGGGUCCCCACCAUCUUCUCCCACACCGACCCGGCGGCGCCGCCGCCGCCGCCGGCCGAAGGCGAGGCCGCGCCACCGCCAGCCGACGCGCCACCGCCGGAGGAAGCACCGGCCGCAGAGCCGGCACCAUCAGAAGCGGCGCCGCCGCCGCCGGCGGAAGCCGACCAGGCGGCGGCUCCCCCGGCCACCGACGCCACCGUCAUACACAUGGUGCACGACUACCCGUACACCCACGACCACCACCACGGCCACGGCCACCACCUGUUCGGCCGGGACCACUGGCCGGCGAGCCACCAUCCCGCCGGCGGCAUGGUCAACUACGGCGGCGGCGCGCCGUACUACGCCGCGCACAGCUACAGCCACAGGGCGAGCCCGUACGUCUCGGAGUACGGCUACGUCGGCUCUCCGGCUCACCAUGAGGGCAGAUUCUACAGCAGCCAUGAUUACUACUACCCUGCAGCUGCUGGUGGCAGAGGGAAGGGAGAUGGAAGCCAGAUCACCUCCAUGUUCAGCGAUGAGAACCCUAAUGCAUGCACCAUAUCCUAAUCAACAUGCUUUUGCCUGUCAAGAAGUAAUUAAGGUGGGGUAUUAUAUAGUAUUGAUGAUUAGUGUUAAUUAAGAUUACUGUAACAUGAGAUUUAUGUAAAAUAGUAUUAAUUAAGAGGGGUGUAAGUAAGAUAAGGAAAAAAGGGGAGCAAUAAGAUGCUUAACUUGUAGUAGUGGGAGAUGAUUUUCCUUGGCAAUCACCACUAUUUUUUUUUUACCGCCGUCCACUACACCUCAAGAGAAUCCAACAAAGCUGUGGUCCUGUGUAUAUGAUGUGUACUUGAAAAAAAAGUGGCAGAGACGUCACAGUAUUUCCAGGCCAAAUCUAAAAACUUUGUCCUGUCUAGCAUGUUGGGAAUAGAGACAUUUUUGUAUUCUCUUGAAAUAUAUGUACAUCUGAUUUGCAUCGCAUAAA